AUGACACAAGUGCACACCGGAAAAAUGCAUGGCACAGGAGAAAAUAAAAAUCGAGCCGACGUCAAUACGAAAGCUGUGUUGGGUGCUGUUCACUCCGGCAUUGGGGAAACCGCUUUGAACAAGCUAUUAGCCUGUUUGAAUGUUCCUCCGAUAUCAGCAAACCUGUACAAGAGAUAUGAACGGGAAAUCGGGCCAGCUAUAGAAGCUGCUGCAAAGGACUCAUGUCGGAAAGCUGCGGAGGAAGAAAAACAAUUAGUGAUAGCUAAUGUCGACAAGUUAUGUCAGGAGAUGUAAGUUUCAUAU